CGUCGUCGCGGCGCGCCGCGCUGCGUCGCUUUCUCGGUUCCACGUUGACGAAUUGACGACUACUCUGUUGACCUUCCACGUAGCACGCGGCGCGGUGCUGGUAAAGGUGGUAACCGUCACGUUAUGUCGGAGCGUCGCGCUGUGGGGUCAGUAUCGUGAGUGAGUGGAUGCGAGGUCGAAUUAAUCGACAUUCCUAACUGAAAGGACGCUCGCCGAGCAGCGUAUCGAAAUGAAGAGAUUCAACGUUUUCCUAUUAGCGGCCCUUUCGGCGUUCGCGCUUGCGGCGAAUGAAGGGUACGGUGUUUAUGCUCAAGAGGAUGAGAAUAUCGAUGAUAUUGUUGAUGUGGAAGGUGAAGAAGGUAGUAUAAUAGCUGAUGAGGAGACAGAGGAAGAUACAAGCAAUGCUUCAGCCGAUGCUGACACGACAAUACUUUUUACAAGACCCAUUCACAAUACAUUAUCUACUCUUGAAUUGCCAGCUGGAAACAUAGUAGAAUUCCUUGUCGGUUUCACCAAUAAGGGUGAGGGUGACUUUGUUCUGGAAUCACUGGAUGCUUCUUUCCGUUAUGCAAUGGAUUUCAACUUUUAUAUUCAGAACUUCUCAACAUUCACAUUCAAUAAGGUUGUGAAGCCUAAGCACGAAGCUACCUUGGCUUAUUCCUUUAUACCAGCUGACAACUUUGCUGGGAGACCAUUCGGUCUGAAUGUUAAUCUCAAUUAUAGAGAUGUGAAUGGAGUUUCCUACAAUGAAGCAGUCUUCAACGAAACCGUACAGAUCAUAGAGAUAGACGAUGGCCUGGAUGGAGAGACCAUUUUCCUCUAUGUGUUCCUCACAGCGUGCGUUAUAUUGACACUUGUGGGAGGUCAGCAAUUAUUAUCAUCUUUAGGACGCAAGUCGCGCUCCUCCACUACUCGUAAAGCACCGGUAGAAAUGGGCACAUCUAAUCCCAAUAAUGUAGAUUACGAUUGGCUGCCAAAGGAAACUCUUAACAGAAUUAAUAAAUCUAGGGGCGUAGUACCUAGGUUUUCAAAGCAAAGUCCAGGACAAAGAAAAGCAAAAAGAACAGCUGGUUCUGAUGACUGAACUAUGUUACUAUUUAUGUAUGUAUAUUAUUUAAAAGUGACACAGGAGGAUCUGUAUUGUGCAAUCGCAAUAAUUUUUUAAAAACCAUCCGGGAUUCCAUAAUCGUGAUAUUUUGAUUUUUGUAAAACAAAAAACAAUUCUCACGCAACUCUACUUAGUAGCGCAGAGCACAGAUUUUCAAUGACAUUUGAGGCAAUAAUGCAGGGAGAGCCGUAUUGCUGAUAAUUUUCACUCCAAUGAUAUAUACGUACAUGUUCAGUACUUGUCUCAGUGGAGACACGAUAAUACGGUGAUAUUCAACAUUUUGUUUUGUUUGCGCAAAACCUGCAUAUAAAGUCACAUCGUAUACAUUGUAGCGUAAUGGAUUUUAUGUUUUCUCUCCCCCGAGAUAUUUUCAUUUUUGUCUUCUCUUUCGUGUUAUCUGCACGUCACAAACAACAUGAAUGCAUGCGUGCGAGCGUCGUAUAACGGAAGUGAGAAAAAAAAUUGUGAUUAUUCUGUAAUUAUUUUACCAAUAUGCGAGUAUGUUCAAUAAAACAAUUUUGUAUAAACAACUCUACCAAACUCGACUUGA